ACUCUCGAGAAAUAAAAACAACUUUAUUAAAAAAAUCUACUUUGAAUUUUGUUUUUUAAUUUGAUUUCCUUUAAUACUCGUAUAAUUUCAAUAUGAACAGUCUACUGGAUACGUAAAAUUAAUAUCGAUCAAACAUAACUCAUUCGUGACACGAUUUUCAAGUUCUAUUCUCAUAUUUCAUAGAUUUCACAUUUAUUCUGUGCUGUAAGGAAUAUUGUAAAUAAUAAUGCCACGUACGAAACCAACGAAAAAAUUAGGCAUUUACGGAAGUUUUGAUAUUAAUCCUGAAGAUGCGGUUGGCAGUUAUAUAGAAUCCAAACAACAAGAAAAACUCUACAUAAAACCUCCUGUUUGGGAUAUAUCCCGUGAUGGAUUGGAAUUGUUUGCCAUCCAAAAUGAACGCGAGCACAAUGAUACAGUUAAAUUGCAAGAGGAGAUGCUUGAGAAUGCUCAAAAGCAAAAAGUCGUGAAUAUGAAACGUAUCAAGGAUAUGUAUAAAAUUCAGCGAGAGCUACGUGAACAAUUUAUCAAUGUAAAUAACUUUAUCCGGGACUGUGAGGAAAAGAAACGAGUGGCCGAGAAGAAAAUCGGCGAUGAGAGAAAGAUGCAUGAACAAUUGGAAAAGGAUAUAGAGAAACUCAUACAAGAUAUAGCUGAUUUGGAAAAGUUUGAAGAAACACUAACGGAGACAGUUAAGGAAUUGGAACCAUAUGAGAAAGUUAUCAAGGAUGUGGUGGAGAGUUCAGAUAUAUUCAAAUCGGUUAAUGAUUGCAUGAUUCGAUGCGAUGCAUUAAUGCUCGCUCAAGUGGAAAUCACAGAAUUGGAACAGGAAAAAAUCAAAGGUAUUGAAGAAAUGCGUCGUAUGAUGGUAAAGGCAAUGAAUGAAUCAUCUCUAACAAUCUUGGGUUUAAAUAACGAGUUAUCUGCAAUGGAACGCAGCUACAGCAUAGCAAAGGCGGAAAGUUUAAAAUGGGAAAAGAUAAUGGCUGGAACAAAAGAUUACAUUUCUGAAAAUGAGUUGACUAGAAAUCGAAUAUUGGAUGCUAUCCAACAAAUGUAUCAUUUACUUUGUCGCCGAAAUGGGGUUGAUCCGACAGCUGGACGGUAUGACAUUGAAGAACAGCUUGAUUACAUUAAAAAUGAAAUUGAGAUACUGCAAAAAGUUGUUAAUUUGUGCAAUAAGGAUUUAGCAAAGAAUGCUUCAGCAUCACAGCAACAUGCAAUGUUCAGUGAUGCUCCGACAAAGGAUGGAUCAUCUAAGAAAUCGAAAAAGAAGAAGGUCGCUGGACCGCGUAUCCGUAUAGCUGAAUGAAAACUUAUCUGUUUCUAUUGGAGAUAUUUGGAUAUUUAUUCGACAACAUAUUGUAGUAGUUUGUAGAAUGAUUUUUGAAGUAAUUGAUAUUUUUUUCUGGCAAAAAAUAUAAUUUAAUCAAACAAAAUGAGCGA